AUGGGGAGCCAAGGCCUGGCCUCCUACAGGAGAAACAAUUCCCCUGAUGGGUCAGACAUCACGGGUCCAGACCUGUACCUCUACGACACUGCUACUCGCCAGAAGCGGCUCUUCACCGUCAGGGACCCAGAGCGACUCCAGCCAGGGGUCGACAUGUAUGUCUGCGGCGUCACUGUGUAUGACUUCAGUCACAUAGGGCAUGCUAGGGUGUAUGUGGCGUUUGACAUCCUCUACAGAUUCCUGCUGGACAAGGGGUACCCAGUGCGAUAUGUGCGUAACUUCACAGACAUCGAUGACAAGAUCAUCAAGAGGGCAAGGGAGGCAGGCGAGCACUGGCAGAGCCUGACGCAGCGCUUCAUUCAUGAAUUCCACACAGACAUGGAGGCACUGAACUGUUUGCACCCUGUGCUAGAGCCACGAGUCACGGACAACAUUCCAGCCAUUAUCUCCAUGAUUCAGUCCAUCCUCAGAAAUGAGCAUGCCUACUGCGUGGAUGGGGAUGUGUACUUUGAGGUGGCGACUCUGCCCCAGUAUGGCGCGCUGUCUGGGAGGAAGCAGGAGGACAACCGGGCGGGGGAGCGGGUGGACGUGGAUGGCCGCAAGCGCGGUCCCGCGGAUUUUGUGCUCUGGAAGGCUGCCAAGCCAGGCGAGCCGGCCUGGGACUCGCCCUGGGGCCAGGGCCGUCCCGGCUGGCACAUUGAGUGCAGCGCCAUGAUAGCGAGUCACUUUGGGGAGGAGGGCAUCGACAUCCACGGCGGCGGCAGGGAUCUCAUCUUCCCGCACCACGAGAACGAGCGGGCGCAGACCAUGGCUGCCACGCGGCACUCCGGCGGCUGCGGCUGCGAGACGGGUUCGUCUGGCGACGGGCGCGAGCUGGCGCGGUACUGGAUGCACAACGGCUUUGUGAAUGUGGACAGCGAGAAGAUGAGCAAGUCGCUGGGCAACUUCUUCACCAUCCGUGACAUCCUGGGCGCCACGCCGGCCGCGGCCCUGCGCUGGUUCCUGCUGAGCACACACUACCGUGCUCCGCUCAACUUCACGCCCACCGCUCUGGACCAGGCCACCGACCGCGUGUACUACGUUUUCCAGACCCUGGCCGACGCCGAGGCCGCCGCGCGCGCACACGACCCGGAGGUCGACAUGGACGACGGUCGACCUCCCCCUGGCGAGCCCUGCGCCCUGCUCUCCGCCGUGCGCGCGGCGUUGGCCGACGACCUCAACACCCCGGCCGCGCUGGCGGCGCUGGGCCCGCCCCUGCGCGAGCUCAACGAGCUGGCCGGAAAGCGCGGCAAGGGCGCGGCGGGCAGGCAGGCCGCGCUGCUGGCGCUACGCGCGUCCCUGUGGCGGCCCCUGCCCCUGCACGCCCCGGGCCCCUCCUCCUGA